GACGGCAUCGUGGUGUCCAACGACACCUACCGUGACCUGCAGAGCGAGCGGCCCGAGUGGAAGAAGUUCAUCGAGGAGCGCCUGCUGAUGUACUCCUUUGUCAAUGACAAGUUUAUGCCUCCAGAUGAUCCCUUAGGUCGUCAUGGCCCCAGCCUGGAUAACUUCCUCAGGAAGAAACCUGUAGUUCCAGAACACAAGAAACAGCAGUGCCCUUAUGGGAAAAAAUGCACUUAUGGAAUUAAGUGUAAGUUCUACCACCCUGAAAGGAUCAACCAGCCGCAGCGCUCGUUGGCUGAUGAGCUCCGUGCCAACGCAAGGCUGUCCCCAACCAGAAGUACCAGUGCCAAGGAGGAGAAGAAGGGGAAGCGGGGUUCCCAGGCAGAGCUCUUGUGCUCUGUGCCCACAGAGAGUGACAAAAGCUCUGUACAGAAGGUGUCUGCAGAGAGGAAGAGCUUGGCCCACAAAGCCAAGCCCAGUGACGUUGUGCUUCAGGCCAAAGGCUGCGUGUCAGGCACUGUCUCCCCUGACAGGUACCAGCAACCUCCCAUGGAUUCUCUGUCUUACAUCUCUCAGGAGCAUCUCGACUCAGGCAUUGGCUCUCUGGAGAACCAGCUGUCUGACAUGUGGCCUCACAGAUGUACCAGUCACUGUGACCAUUCCCACGGGGAGCAGGUGCCCGUGUGCACCUGUGGCAGGCAGAGACCCAUCUACCCCCAUUCCCCCAGCCUGGAGCAGAACGGGCUGCUCUCUUACAACCACAGCUCCCACAAAUCCUCUUCCUCUGGUGCUAGCUUCUUGCAGUACAGCCCUGAGAUGCCUCGCUCGGGGGCACCCCACUCUUUCUCAGGCUUUGGGGUGCCCGUGGGUGCAGCAGGGCAGUACAGCCUGCCCAGUGAGUUCGGCGCUCCCAUGCCGCGCUCACGGGAGUUCUGGUCCGAGCCCUACCCCCUGCCCCAGGUGAGAUCCCCCGGUGUGCCCGGCCCACACCCCAUGCACGGGGCUCCAGGGCCGCCCUACGGGGACUCAGGGCCCUGGGCUGACCCGGAGAAGUUUGCUGAGGAGAGGGCCAGCGUGCACGUCAAGCUGUGCGGCAUCUUCCACCCGCACCUGGUGAACGCUGUCAUGAGCCGCUUCCCCCGGCUGCUGGACCCCCAGAGGCUGGCAGCUGAGAUCCUCAUCUACAAGGCCCAGAACCCAGGGGUAUGAGGCAGGUGCUGAGGGCAGGCAGGUGUGGGGAAAGCUGGAGGGGCUGGGAUUGCCUCUGCAGCUGCCACAGGUGCCUUCGAGUGCUCCUUAUUCCUUUGGAAGUACUGGGCUCCAGCUGGAGGCUGGGUGCCAGAGCAAAUUGUGCUCACAGCAAAUUCUGCUCCAGCUAUGACCACGUGCCUGUGGGAGAGGUGAGAACAUUCCAUCAUCCCACCUUCCCCAGGGGCUAAGCAGGAAGGGAGGCUGCAGCUCUGGAGCAGGGCUGUUCCUUUGGGGUUCAUGGGAGUCUGGCACACCCUGAGCUCCUGUAGUUGUCCAUAACUGGAUGUGAGAGAAGUGGGUGCUGCCUUUGUAGUGGCCUAAGGCUGGUUUCUGAGGACCCAAAUGCUAUUUCAAUGCUGUUGUUAGGUCCUGACUAAGCCUCUUUACUAAAUCCCACCAUUUAGAUCUGUGGCAAAUAUUGGAUUAUAAAUGUCAUCUGGAGCUGGAUUUUUCUGACUGGCUUUACUGGUGCACUUCUUGAAUGAUGUUUUCCACACCCCUCCCACCUCAGCUGACUUUGCUGAGGUAGUUGUGCCCCAUGGACCACAAGUGCUGGGUGAGCUCUGAGCUCCCAGGAGCGCAGUCCUGGCUCUGAGGAGUGGCUGCACCCUGCUCCAGAGCUGGGUGUGAGUUGUGUGUUGGGGAUGUGCUGACAGCUGCAGUGUCAGAGCAGGUGGGUGAGCUGAGCAUGCUGUGAGUGCUGCUCUGGAACUGUCUCUGUCCCAGGCUGGCUCUGUGCAGCACUGACAAGGAUUUAUUAUGUGCCUUUUGCUUUCAGACAGCAAUAGAACAGCUGCAGUCACAUCUGGACUGCUGCCAGGGGCCUUCCCAAGGAGUCUUUAAUAUUUUGUGUUGUAAAGCUGUUGCUUUCUCUUCCUCACCAAUAUUCCCCUGUACCCUUUGGCUGUGCCCAACUAGAGCAGCAUCCAGAAUUGUAGAAUAAGAAUUAUUUGGCAAGACUGUUUUUGUUUAAUUUCCUCUUACUCUGUAAGAUGUUUUCUAUUGUAGGUACUGUAAGAGAUUUUAAAUAUGCAAAACCAAUUGCUGUAGUAAUUGUUUCUGGUCCUGGAAUUGUGCUGUGCCAAGGGAUGCAGAAAUGUUCCUGGCACUCGCAGGCCAGAAGCAGUUGAUUUGUUGAUACACAUUGUAUCUGUGUGUGUUGUUGUUUUCUAAAUACAAUACGCCCUUCUGUGGUUAAACCAAGGUUAUUGAGUGGCAAAUUAGGAAGGGGAGAGUGGAAGGCAGCUGGUCCUGAAACCCUCCUGGGAGCAGAGUUGUCUGUUCUGCUCUUCCCUCUGCUGUCCAAGGAAUGACCUGCCCAGACUGGCACCAUGUGCCAUGAGACCACAGGGACACAGAAACCUGUAUACCUGGUUAAUAAUGAUACAUUACAAAUUAGUAAUGUUUCAUGUUAGUAAGCAAAAUGCUUCUUAAUUUUAAAGUAACCUGAUACUUUGCAUAUUUGUAAAUUACAGAUAAAAUGGUUUUUAAUGUUACUGUUCAGCACCUUGCUGCUUGCAGUUUUUAAUCAAUGCUGUCUUCACCUCAGCCAUGUGUUACUUGGCAAGGUGGGUUUGGGUUUCUGGUGGAAUGCUGGUAUCUGCUGCCUCUCUUGCAAUGAGAAGAUUUAACAUUUUGUACUCCUCAGCUGACACUUGCUGAACUUUCUGUAUCACUAUGCAGUAUAGCCAUGUACUGAAUAGCCAUGUGACAGCCCUGGCAAAGAAAAACUGUGUUAUAUAAAUAAAAACUGCUGAGUUGACA